AUGGACGACACGAUACAAGAUUCAGUCAACGAACUACGGGUGCGCUCGUACCAGGCUGAGAUGCUCAAGCGUAGCUUGGAAGGCAACGUCAUCGUUGUGGUCCUGACUGGCGCAGACAACGUAGACCGCUGGAGUGAACAAAGUACUUGGGACUCCGUGCUAGACGGUGUUCGCAUCGUCGUCUCGACCCACGCCGUACUAGAGGAUGCGUUGAGCCACGGCUUCAUAGCCAUGCGUCGCUUGGCACUCCUCGUCUUCGAUGAAGCUCAUUCAUGUGUCGGCGGGCACGCUGGAAAUAGGAUCAUGAGAAAUUUCUACUAUCCGACUAAAGCAAGAUCCGGCGUUGUGCCGCAUAUCCUGGGUCUCUCUGCCAGUCCAAUCCUCAGAUCGAACCUGAAGGGACUAAGUUCGACUAGAGCUGGCAGAUCGACUUCGCAAGGAUCGUUCACGGACUUCUCUGAUCAGAUCAGGAAGUUUUACAACAAGGCGAUACAUGUCUAUAAAGAGCUCGGGCCGUCCGCAGCAGCCUACUAUGUCCUUCGUACAACUGAGAAGAUAAGGAAAAAAGCUGAGCUUGUGGAGGCGUCGGCAUUCUAUAUCAAAGAAGAAGACAAGAUGGUAUAUCAACUGCAGCAUGCAUUCAAUGAAGAGGGGCUCACCCAAGCGCCUGAUAUUCUGUCCCUCCAGAGUCAGUUGUCUCCCAAACUCGAACGAUUGAUAGCCUUCUUAGAACGUCAGGAGCCGGAACAAUGCUCAGGACUGAUCUUCGUCCAACAGCGGGCUAUAGUCGGUGUACUCUACACUAUUCUAGCCAAUCAUCCGCGGACAGUGACGAGGUUCAAGUGUGCCACCUUUGUUGGCUUGUCAAACAGUUCGCACGGCAAACUCGCCUUAUGUGAGCUGCUCGAUAAGGAAGCACAGAAAGACACUAUGUUUGAAUUUCGCACUGGGAAGAAAGAUAUCGUCAUUGCCACGGACGCGCUCGAAGAAGGGAUCGAUGUGGCCGCAUGCAAUCUAGUGGUAUGCUUCGAUGCGCCUUCGAACCUCAAGUCAUACAUUCAACGCCGCGGCCGCGCCAGGAUGCACGCAUCUCAGUAUGUCAUCAUGGUCCCCACAGACAGUAUUCAGACGAAGCUCGAUAGCUGGCCAGAGCUUGAGAACGCUUUAGCCAAGAUGUACCAAGACGAUGAUCGAGCGAGAACAAGAAUGGCGUUACUGGAGAAUGAACAAGAGUCGGUAGAUGACCGGCUUUGCGUUGGCGCUACAGGAGCCUAUUUGACAGCUGAGAAGGCUAUGUCACAUCUUCAUCACUUUUGCGACGUUAUGCCUCGGCAGAGAUAUGCCGAAACGCGCCCAGUGUUCUCUUUCAGGGAGAAAGAUAGCGGGCUGAUUACCGGCACUGUGACACUUCCCAACUGUGUCAAAUCUUCACUUCGAUCUACUCAUGGGCGGCGAGAAUGGCGAACCGAGCGAGCAGCGAUGAGAGAUGCGGCCUUCCAGUGUUACGUCGCUCUGUUCGAGGCUGGGCUUUUGAAUGACCAUCUUCUCCCGUUGACACACGAGUGGAAAGACCAUGUUGCGAACACAGAACAACCCUUAAAAGAGGCAUUGCGGAGCAAGCAGAUAAGGCCGUUCAUUCAGAUGGCGCGGGCAUGGGCAACUCCAGACUUGCAUCAGACCACGAUAACAGUCAGUUGCAAUCGAACGCAUGAGAAGCUGUCAAUGAGGCUCACGACUCCGACAAGAUUAUCCUAUAUUCCAGAUGUCUUGUUAUACUGGGAUUCAGCGACUAUCUUCCAAGCCAGCUUCGGGAACCAAGCUCGGAAGUCAAUUGCAAGCGUUGACAUGCUAGAACAGCUAAGGGCUGUCACCCAGCUCCUAGAUAAGUCGACACGUUCCGAUCAGACCGUCAGUCACAAGACAGACUUUGUGCUCCUCCUCGGUCCAGACAUCGAAGAGAAUCAUUUGAUGGAUUGGCUCAAGGCAUACGAAGGACGUGUAGACAUGCUCGACGCCCUAACGAGUGGUAGUGAGGAUAUCCAGGGACUUGUCCGAUCUACCAAGCUGAACGGAAAACCAUUGGUCUUCUCUUGCAUGACCAGCGAACCGGAACAAAAGCUCGAUCCGGAAGUAGUGUGCGUCCCCCUCAUCAAGCGUCGGAACUUUGAAGCGCCGAAUGCGCUCACGAACCAUUUUGCUGCUGCUCCGGCUGUCGAUCUAGGAAGACCAUCGGCAGCCGUGCAACUUCGGGCUCGCGAAUGCACAGUCGAUAUUCUGGACUAUAGAUUCGCGAUAUUCAACUUGUUUGUUCCAUCUCUCUGGCGGCACAUUGAGGCCUCUACCGUAGCCCACCAACUGCAGGAAACGAUCCUGCCCAACGUUCCGUUUUGCAGUCUAUCGCACAUUGUGACAGCAAACUCUGCGCCGUCUGCUGGCAGGGCAACCAACUAUCAGCGCUUCGAGUUCUUUGGAGACGCGCUACUAAAAUUCCAAACUUCUGUCCAGCUAUUCACAGAUCACGGCAACUGGCCAGAAGGGUACCUUUCUCAGCGGAAAGACAGCCUUGUAUCGAACGCCAGACUCGCCAGAGCUGCUAUAGCAAAGGGACUAGGCUCGUACAUCUUGACAGACCCGCUGCGGCGUAAAUGGUCAGUUCCACGCAUCUCCGACGCAGACCAAGAGGCGGAGGAGCGAACACUCGGAAUCAAAGCCUUGGCCGAUGUCGUUGAAGCUCUUAUCGGUGCUGCAUACAUUGACUCAGGCUUCAGAGCGGCGAGAGCGUGCACCAACGUCUUCCUUCCUGAGAUCAGCGCUAUUGUACCUCAGUUUCCAGAGCGAAUAUCGGUCAAGUCCAACAGUCCGAGAGACCCCGAAGCUGAGACCCUGAUUGGCUACCGCUUCCAAGAUGGAUUGUUGCUGCUGGAAGCAUUGACGCAUCCUUCCUGUGGCAUCGAUGCUAAGACGGAGUCUUAUCAGAGGCUUGAGUUCCUGGGAGAUGUAGUCUUGGAUGUGCUCAUCUCCACUUUCCUCUCGCGUUGCCUACCUGAGUUGUCCCAAGGACAGAUGACUCGCAUCAAAGCAGCCCUUGGGAACAAGAACAUACUCGGCUAUCUUUGUCUUCAUUUCAGCAUGGGCAGAGAUCUAGUCCGCAUCGAAACGGGCCCAGAUCACCGCCCAUGCGAGGUGCGACACCUCGAGAAAGUGCCACUAUGGCAGUUCAUGCGUCACCACUCUCCAGAUGUAGUGCAGGCUCAUAAGAACGCUGGCCACACUUUUGAACAAUGUGGUGCUGAGAUACAUAAGAUCCUCAGCGAGGGUGCGACAUAUCCGUGGAAACUGUUGGCUCGCUUGGGCCCUGACAAGUUUUACUCCGACCUGGUGGAGAGCGUCUUUGGUGCGGUAUUCAAUGAUUCGCAGGGCGAUCUUUCAGAAUGCGAGAAGUUGUUCGAGCGCAUCGGUUUGAAAUACUACGCUGCACGUAUGGCGGAAGGCACUUUGGACGUUGUGCACCCGAGAGAUGAACUACAAGGCCUGGUUGGCUCUUCGAAGCUUGAGAUUGAUGUCCAACCGGUAUUUUCGGGAGACGAGCGUGCAAUCUUCGUGUGCAGCGUCAGAAUCGAAGGAACCGUGAUUGCUGAAGCCCAAGGAUGCAUUACCGAGGAUGAGGCUUGUGUGAGUGGUAUACAAGCAGCCGUCGCAUUUCUUCGUUCGCAACAGGAGGGUAGAGGACGUUAG